GGAUAAAUCAACAUGUUAAUUCAAUUAAAGUUAUCUCCCUUAUUUAUUUUACCACCAUUUGCAGAAAUUUAUUCCUGGAGAAAACAACGUCUUUUUUAUUGAUUAAGCUUCAAGGUUAACAUUUAUCAUGACCCGGCAUUCACGUAAUUGUACUGCAGGAACUGUGUAUUCCUAUCAUGAGAGACAAAAAGAUCAGUCACAGUCAGGAUAUGGCAGUAAACAAUUGAGACUUGGUAAAGAUUCUGUUAAGGAGUUUGACUGCUGUUGUCUAACACUGCAACCAUGCCGAAACCCUGUUGUCACGAAAGAUGGAUACUUAUAUGACAAAGAAGCAAUCAUCAGUUAUAUUCUACAAAAGAAGAAGGAAAUUGCCAGGAAACUAAAAGAAUUUGAAAAGCAGAAACAGAGAGCUAAGACUGAAGCUGAAGAAAUACAGAAGUUAGAAGAGCAAGAAAAAGUGAAGAAAUUUUCCAGUCGAACACUUGAAGCUCCAUCCCUCAAAACAAAUCAACCAGGUACCAGUAAUCAAGCAUCUGUGUCUAACAUGAAGGAUGGAAAACAUAAAGAAUUACCAAGUUUCUGGGUACCCAAUCUCACCCCUGAUGCUGGGCCAAAAAUCGAGAAGAAACCAGAUGAGAAGGUACGGUGUCCAAUGAGUGGCAAACCAAUCAAGCUGAAAGAUCUGAUAGACGUUAACUUCACAGAUAUUAAAGACAGAGAUACCAAAACAGCCCUUAUAAACAAACAGGCAAGAUAUGUGUGUGCAGUGACCAAUGAUGUUCUUGGUAAUUCAGUUCCAGCUGCCGUGUUACGUACAUCUGGAUGUGUAGUGACCAUGGAUUGUGUGGAGAAACUCAUCAAGAAAGACAUGUUGGAUCCUAUAAAUAGUAAAAAAAUGACAGAAAAAGAUAUCAUUGUACUACAGAGGGGAGCAUCAGGAUUCUCAGGGUCAGGUCUUUCAUUGGAGGCUAAGAAAGAGGGUGCGGCAAUGCAGGCAUAAUGCAGGGGAUGAAAGAACAGAGGCAGGAAUUGUUUCUUAAAGACAUCAUGGUUUUAUAUAUUUAACUGACUUACUGAACCAUGAGAAUUAAAUGGUACAGAAGAUUUAGUCUUAAAGUUAUUAUUCAAGAAAAAUACUAAACUAUCUUACUGAUAAAGUUUUAAGACUAUAAACCCCGAUUGGAUUUUAAGUAUUAUACGCCAAGAAAUGAUACUUAAACUUCAUAAUCAGGAGGCAGAUUUUAUUGUUCAUACAGAGAUUUAUUUUUGGAAUAAAGGUACAUGUAUUUUAUCACAUCAUUUUGAUACAAUGUGAAGCUAUUUUUUCAGAGACUUAUAAAUGGAAGCACUGUGGUCAUACAUAAACUACAUGUAUUUUUGUUUGUUUUCUUUUAGUCACGGUGAAUUUGUAGUAUAUGUAAAUCCACUUCUUCAGUUAUUAGUUAGUAAUCAAGUAAAUUGAUUAAAGAUUUUAAAAGAUCUCCUGAUGACAACUGAGUAACUAUAAAGACCCAGUUCUUCUUAUGCAUGCUGUUUCAAGUGUCUUGGUUGACAAAGACUUCUAUACAUACAUAUUCUAAUACAUGUAGUUAUGAUCUUUUCAAGGGUACCUUAAAAUAAGGGAACAAAGUUUUUAAAAAAAAAAAAAAAUUAGUAAGAAUUUAUGAAUAUUGACAGUCCAUAAUUUGUGUGUUGCAUAAUUAUUAUCUAAUUAAUGCUUAGCCUGCCAGUGGUAACAGAUUCUACCAAUGCAGACCAAGAUCAAGGAAAAAUAAGAAUAAAAGCAUUUCUGGCACAAAAUGGGUCUUUAAGUUAAUAGAAUUUUUUUUGUAUGAAAAUUAAAAACAAAAAAAACCCUGAUAAUCUGUAAAAAAAUCUAUAAAAGAUGUACAAUGUAUCAAAAUAUUUCCAUGUUUUUAGCUGCAGUUUUCAACAAUAUUGUACAAAGUUAAAAGUUAAAAAUUUAUUCAUAUUUUCAGGUCAUUGUACAUACAUGUAUAUUUUAUUGAUAUGUAAUAUCAACUUUAUGCAUUACAUUUUUAAACAAACAAAAUUUCAAUAAAAUAUGACACAAUAAA